CUCCAAUUUGUGAACGCAAUUUACAUUGUGUCGACAACCAUGUUCAUUCUUUCGGUGCUGAAGGACACUAUAAAGAUUGAGCCUGCUGAUUUUCGAAAACCAAAGCAAGAGGCAAUCACCGAUGAAGUAAACAAAAAAUAUGCCAACAAGGUUGUUCAAGAAAUCGGCCUUUGCAUCAGCCUUUUCGAUAUCAUAGAAGCAAGUGAAGGUGUUAUACAUCACGGCGAUGGUUGCAGUUAUGUCAAAGCAACAUUCAGAAUGGUUAUAUUCCGACCCUUUAUCAACGAGGUCUUGACCGGAACUAUUAAAAGCUGCUCAGAAAAAGGGAUCCGAGUUUCUGUAGGGUUUUUUGAUGAUAUCACUAUUCCUCCCGGUUGUUUGCAAUCUGGAUCUAGCUUUGACGCGGAAGAGCGCGUUUGGAUAUGGAACUACGAUGGAGAGAAGCUUUAUAUGGACAUCGAAGAACAAAUCCGAUUUCAAGUACUCAGCGAAGUAUUUACUGAUACCACACCUACUCCUACAAAUAUUGGUCCGACUGGACGAAGACAGUCGGCAGCAGAUGCAACCGCAGCAAAUGACUUGGCUGCCAACUCCACCAAAAUUCCACCUUAUGCAUUGACGGGAAGCAUUGCGACAGAUGGUCUUGGACCUAUCUCAUGGUGGGGAGGUCAAUAAGACAGAUGUAUAGAAGCCAUUGUAUAUAUACACUUUUUUAAAAGCAAUUUUUCAUGCCGAUUGGAUUUGUCCAAAAUCUACGCGUCAAUUAAUACAUCAAA